AUGAACGCAACAAAUUACCACACUUACCGCGGUCUCGCUUGCGCUUUCAAACAACUUGUGCUUAUCAUAAUAUUCAGCACUUUGGCACAGUCAAAUCUAACGCCAACAACAAUUGCAGCGGCACAAACUGUAACAACAAUAAAACCUACUAUAAACGCACAACAACAAGUCUAUCACACUUGCUACGAUGUGCGCUGUCAAUGCAGCGGUUUUGUGCUUAAAUGUUUUAUGAAAGGCGUUACUAUACUUAUCGACAGUGGCGCGGCAGUGACAGGCAACGCGCGGCUCACCAUAAGUUGUGCGGCGAAUACAACUACUGAGGAAAUACAGAAAGCGCAGUUCGCUUACAAUUUUCGGCAGCACAACGUUAAAUUUAAUUUGGAAAAUUGCGCGAUAUUGCCGGAAAUAUUAAAGCGCGCGCAUAUUAACUACACUGGUACUAUCAAGUUCAAUGGCGCUUUUCCAGUGCCUGCGCAUUUCUUACACCAAGCAAUUGGUUUGCAGCGGUUGCGCUUUGAUUUGGUAAUUAACAGCAAUGCUGCAGAUAUUUUGCCGGCACAACUAUUUCACAAUCAAGGCGCUUUGAAGGAGCUCAGAUUGAUACUCUUAUGCAAACCGCAUGAGGUAGCGCUACCCACGCAAAUAUUCCAUAGGCUCUACGCGCUGGAAGCGCUAUUGGUGCGUGCUGUUCAAACUGAUCUAGAUGACAUUACAAAUACAGUGUUGCGCAGUUUGACAUCUUCACAUUUUCGUGAUAUAUCGAAUUUGCGUAAACUUAAUUUGGAUGGUAAUUAUAUGCAAACAAUGUCAGCUGAGCUCUUUGCUACGCUACCCGAGUUAAACGAAUUGACUUUGAGCUUAAAUAACUUGGCGGCGCUGCCAAGCGGUCUGCUGCGCGUACAAAGUAAACUGAUAAAGCUUAUUCUUGCUGGCAACAUGUUGCAGUCGCUACCGCCUGGUUUCUUCGAUACGACGCCGCACUUAUGGGAACUUGAUUUGAGCGACAAUCAACUUUAUAUACCUACAAAUAUUAUUACAGCUAUCAAACCACUGCGUUAUCUGUACCGGCUCAACUUACGUUACAAUAAAUUUUCGAGCAUUGAGGGCGUUGAUGCGUAUGAAAAUCGAACACUACUCACGCGCCAGAAUAUUAGUAACAUUAGUGGCGCGCCGCCCUAUUUUCAAUACUAUUUAGCGCAGCUGUCGAGUAAGCGAUAUGCGCAGCCAUACAAUCUGACUAUAAUCAACCUAAGUCAUAAUCGUAUUGAAACAUUUCAUUUACGGAGCAUCAGCGCCGCUACUCUUAAAUGUCCAUAUGAGCUGGAUUUCACAAAUAAUCAAAUAAAGCAUAUCUACGCGCUUAGUCACCCAGAACGCAGUCAAGGCGACUGUACGCGCAAGUUACUAUUGCAGUUCAAUCCAUUGCAGUGUGACUGCGCCUUAGCUUGGAUCCACAGCAUGAAUUUCUCGAUUGCGACUAACUGGGAGUGUAUUAGGCGUGAUGGUGGCAUUUAUGUAUAUUUACUUGUACAGCGCGCUAUGUGCGCCUGGACGCCGAAAUUUUGUCCCAACGCCUGCAACUGUCGCUAUGACGCGCAAGCAUUGCAUAUCAACUGUACGCAUGCGCUAUUGGAUAGCCUUACACAGCUGCCGCGUCCAGCGCAGGUUUAUUUGACGCAGAGCACGCUGGAUAUAACGCACAACCGCUUUUUUGAAUUACCUUCGAAUCUGACUUUCGGUUAUGCUAAUGUCACACGCUUGCAUGCUGCACACAAUCGCCUAGAGAAUAUACAAAGCACGCACUUGCCGCCGCAGUUGCAACUGUUGGAUGUACGAAACAACCGUUUGGCGCGCUUAAGCAAAAGCUUCAUAUUACGCUACCUCAAUGAAAGCACAACUUUGCGACAGCUUUACCUCUCCGAGAAUCCAUGGCUUUGCGACUGUGAGGCUGAGCAAUUGCUAAACGCGGUGCACGCGCAUCGUAAGCGUAUACCCGACGUGGCGCUUUUAGCUUGCGCGAAUCUGCAGAAUACCAGCUUGCUGCAAGCGCGCUACACAGAUGUGUGUGUGCCAGCAGCAGUGCAACGUUUGCGCUUGUUAUGGCUACUUUUCAGCUUGUCGCUAGCAGCUAUUGUGUUAAUUAGUUUAUUAGCGCUUUACUAUAAAUAUACUUUGCAGCUACAUGUGUGGCUAUAUGCGCACGAUAUGUUUCUAUGUUGCAUACGCGAACAUGAGUUGGACAAAGAAAAAACAUUUGAUGCAUUCAUAUCAUAUGCCCAUCAGGAUGCGCCUUUUGUUAAUGACAUUCUCUUGCCUGGUCUAGAGCAAAGUGACCAAAAAUUUCGCGCGUGUACGCAUGAACGCAAUUGGCUUGCGGGCGCUUACAUACCCGAACAAAUUAUUGAGUCAGUCGCCCAAUCGCGUCGUACAAUAAUUGUGCUCUCGCAGUAUUUUAUCGCAUCGGAUUGGGCGCGCAUGGAAUUUCGUACGGCGCACCAAUGCGCUUUAAAUGAAGGACGCGCGCGCAUAAUUAUUAUAAAAUAUGGCGAGCUUACCGAUCUCACGAUGAUUGAUAAAGAGUUGGGCGCCUAUUUGGAUAUGAACACCUACUUGGAGUGGGAGCAGCAUCCUUGGUUUUGGAGUAAGCUGCGUUACGCAAUGCCACAUCGCAAGGGAGAGGUGCGGAAUGCCGGCAUGCUUGAGUUGAAUGAACGGCAGAGAGUUUAUGUUAUUGGCGAAGUGGAGCUGAAUCGACUGCGUGGACGUGAUGGAUAGUAUAUAUUUACACCUGUGGAUG